UGGAGGGGUAUCAGCGUCUAAUAUGAGGGGCGACGCAGCUUGGUAUGUGUGGUGACAGACAACUUCCUUACCACCCUUUCGCGCGGCUUGCUCUGCUGCUCAAUGCCGCUUCUCUCUGGCUUCAUCGCGGUCUACCUCUUGCGCUUCCAAUUUGUCAUUCCGUUAGGAACGCGGUUGCUUCCCCAAAUCGUCGUCUCUACCGCAGUUCGUUCGACAAUGACACCGCUCUCUAUCUCUCAGCAUUUUCUGAUGAAAGCCUCCCUCAUCCUCGGUUUACUAACGACCAUGCGACUUCAUUCUAGGUUCAAUUGCUCAAUUUGACUCCCAAGCGCUAUCUCGGCCCGUUUUCAGCAGCCUAAUUUUUAGGAGAGAUUGGUGAAGGCUGGUUCCCUUCCGAUCUUUCAACACAAUCACCACAAAACCCUCCAUUGUGUAUAACCGAGCUCUCGACGCAGCUCUUUCGUGAAGAAGGAAA